AUGGUCGAAUACCUUCCAGACGAGCACGACGUAGCUUAUUACCCGGAGGAUAAUGAUCUCAAUCCUCGAGUGAGAGAUACGAUAGAGACUCUUCAAUCCCACCGAUCGCGGGAGACCCAGCCCCUCUCAAGGUUGUCUCCUGAUGAGCGGUUAGCUCAGGCGAUCAACGAAGCUAAUCGGAAAUCAACAACUGAUAAUUACUCUAUUCAGGGAUAUGGGAAUUGCGGAUGUACAGAAUUAGUCCAUUCUUUACCUCAUGAUACCAAGGCACUUAAGGAUGCUAGAAAGUAUUUGGGAAGUUUUACUUGUGGCACCAAAGGGCAUCAAGCUAAUUUCCCUCUAUCUCGGGUAACGUUAUACAGUCCCUCCGCGGACGAACUUACUUCUACACUCAGAGCAUUGGUGCUGGACGAGUCUCAUCGUGUAGUGGACGUACGAAAUUAUGAUGAUGUGGAGAAGGAUGAAAAGAGAGAUUUUAGGAUUUCAGAUCAGACUAUUGCAAGUGAUAAAGCUAACGACAUUACGCUGUACGAAGUGGCUUCCCACGUCUUACCGAUAUACGGGCACAGUGACUGUUCGGCGGUAAUUAGCAGGUACGAUCCAUGCGGUUGUCAUCUGAUCACUACGGUAGCUCAAGAAGCUCCGCGAAGUAAGAGGGAUGAUAGGCCUACCAGGUCUUGGAAGAAAGCUGUAUUGUCGGGCAUUGAUUCCACCUGUCCAAUGAAGGUCAGCCCCACACUAUCAUUGAUGACCAGCUUGGUGCUGGACAUGAGGGUAUCCUAA